UUUACGUCCAUAAAUUCUUUACGCAAGAUUAGGUAAGAGCUCCAAAUCCCUUCGUCGCGUCGGAUGGAGAAGGAUGAACUUAACGAUAGUUUAACGGGAAUUUAACGAUAUAAAUAUUGGUUUGUGAUUUAAAAACUGGUAAAACAUAGUUGAAACAAUUUUAAAUAUGGCGGAGGUAGUGGGUGUUAAUCAAGGUGUGGGUGGUAGUGCAAUUUCUGGCAACUGGACAGAGUAUGACGCCACUCUUAUGCAGAAUGGAGUGCUCAUAAUCGCUCUGGGAAAUAUGGUCGUGAAUCUCAUGAGAAUAGUGAAACUCUUAGACGACACGUAUUUCUGCACAGAAAAUACCAAGGGAUGUAAAGUGGGCGAUGAGAUGUUGUUGGACGACAAACGUCCUUGGUUGGGGGUGGACAAUCAUGGCUACAAAAAGUACAAGUUGGGAGAUAGGGGACCAGAAAUAUUGUGCUACGCGACCAUGGUCUUUGUCCAUUCGCGAUUAUUCAAAGCUGCCAUGCAGGACGACCAGGACACGAUUUGGCUCUGGCUGCAAAUCAACGGUGGUCUAACUAUUUUGGGUAUGAUGCCUUUGAGCACCUACCCAUCCGUCUGGGGCGUCAAGGACAAGUUUGAAAUUCUCGUGGGAAAAAUUAUCGUGGACAUUCUCCAGUACGGCGUCAUCUUGGAGUAUCUGCGUGCCAAGAAAACAGUUGAUCAAGAUAAGAAUGUUACUUCCCCAACACUGCAUCCUCCAUCCCAUGUGCAUGUACUUGGACAUGACUAUGACUCCAUUAAAUCGGAGAAAAUGAAAUUUUAGGCAAAAUUUAGGGAUGAUGUA